AUUCGUUACAACUUACGAACCCAACACACUCGUGCCGUCCCGUUUAAACAAACGACCGCCGUCGCUGUGUUUUCCGCCGCGUCCACGACUGUCCGAAAUCCGAAUCGCACGCCACCCGCCGGUGCAAUCGCUCUGUUCCGUUUACACAUUCGCUCGUGAGCUUUGUCCGUUCCGCACGGAGGAGUCUGUUGUCGCGCGCCCUCCCGCAACCUUCGAGCGCCAUCGAAAUCUGCCAUUCCGGCGUCUGCCGCGACGACACCGACCGCCGCGUUUUAUUGUUAUUCUCGUAACAGUGUACCUAACGGUCGUAUUCCAAUACCGGACCGCCAACAGGCCAGCGUUCUGUUGCAAUUCCGCCGCGAGUCCAGACCGUCACCGUCUUACCGUCACCGUCUUACCGUCACCGUCUUACCGUCCGACAUCAUGUCCGACAUAUCCGACCCAAUCCCAGAGUAUCAAACCACGCAGGUAUUAUUUACUGUUGUUGUUGUUAUUAUUGUUGCCCGCGGGCUUACGCGGCGCGUUUCGUUCGUUUAGCCCGCCAACCGAUCGCACCAUUGUGUCCGUUACGGCGGACGCGUUCUCGCGCGCGUUUUUAACGGCCCCCGGGGCCCUCUCCCGCACCCCGGUCCCGAAUCCGACGUUCAGUCGACGUUUGCGCCGUCCCUGACGGCCACACGCGCGGUAACGUCGUGUCCGUCUCCGCGAAAACGUGCGCAAUAUUGUUUUGUUUCGCUAGCGCGCCCGCACGCGCAGGGAUUGCCGUCUCGUGAGCGUUCCGUUCACCUAGCCGCCGCCGUUUCGCUCGCAAUCGUCGCGCGCGUCGGUUACGGGUAAAAAUUACAAUACGGUAAACACGGUCUCCGCCGAUUGUUACGAUUAUUGUACGCGGUGCAACACUGCGCGCCCGCCAUCGCCUCGUCGCUUCGCGCCCAUUUUACCAGUCUCCCGCCAAAAAACUAUCGUUCUCCACGUACUCGUUUUUAUUUCAUUUCGAUUAAAGUUUCCGGCCGUAACGUUAUUUUACAGCACUGCGUUAAAACAAUGGCGGCGGGAACAACGAUUUGUGCCACGAGCGAUUUUUUUUUUUUCUAAAUGCGCGUUUAUCGUAUUCGAUAGUCUUCAAAAAAAAAAAAAAAAAAAUUACGUUCGUAGAUCUACUGUUAAUUAGUCUAAUGUUUUUCAAUUUGAAAUGUCCGCCUAUAAUUUGUUUUUACGGUUUAAGUAAAACAAAAUAAUUAAUACCCGUUGAUCGUUUUGAUAUCAUUGAAACAAAAUUGUACAUUUCAAUUCAGAAUAAAAUUAAUUUGAUCAUUUCGAAAAAUACAAAUUUCAAAGUAACUACGAUUGAAUCAUAUCGAUACUAUUAUAUGUAUAUUUUUUAGCCAGGUGAAGUGCGAGGAAAACGAAGCUCAGGAAAGCGUACAAAGGCUAUUGAUGUAAUUUCUGCGGAGGCUGAACUCAUUACUAAGGUAUUGAGCCAAUUAAUCAUAACAAUAAAAACUUUAAUUGUUCAAUUAUUUUUUACAUUAGCAAUCAUUCUCUUAAAAUGUGCUUACUAUAAUGUUUUAAUUUUUCUUUAGGGAUUGAACAACGUUGAGGAUGUCGAUGGCAGAAGAACGACCAGAUCUUCUACUAGAGGUUCAACUGCAGCGUCAAAAUUAAAAAGUGAACCUCCGGCAAAAAAAGGAAAAAAAUCACCAGCUGCAAAAGGUAGUUGUCGAAAAAUAAAUUAUACGGCCAGUAGAAAAAAAAACUUAAUUUUUAAAAUGUUAUAAUUAAAUUACCUUAUUGUUUUCUUUUUUUUUUUAGGUGGUAGACGAGGAAGACCAAAGGUAGCAACUAAAGAAGAGAAUGAAGAUGCUGGAUCAGGAGAAGAAAACGGCAUUACUGAAAAUGACGCAGAUUCUAAAGCAGAUAAGGGUGGAAGUUCAACAGAAGCAGAUUCAGAAGUAGAUUCCCAGAGUGAUGAAAAAGUUGAAAAUGGAAAUUCUUCGACUGAAGAAGAGAAAAAUGUCGAAGAGGUAACAUAUUACACUUAUAUUAACUGUUAAAACUGUUAUUUGUAAAAUAUAUAUGUUUUUGUUAUAGGGUGUAGAUUCAGCAGACGAAUCUGAAAAGCCUGAUGCAGUAAAAGAGGAAAAAAAAGAUUCCUCAAUCCCAUAAGAAAUGAAUCAAAAUGCUAACAAUUUUAGUGUUUAGUGUGUUAAGCAGGAUCCAUUUUACUUAAAUUUUUUCUGAUAGUGAUAUCAUGAUUUUGGUACAAGUUUAAUUUUUAAUUUAGUAAUUACACAUUUUCUUUUUCUUUUCUUUUUCCUAAAGUUUAAACCUUGCCUUUCCUGGAGAUUGGCAUAAUGACUUGAUACUUAACUUAAUUUGUUCUUAUCAUGUAUACAUUACAUACCAAAUUAUGUUACCAUUAUGUAGCUGUUAAAAUUGACAGGUUUCUCGCUAUGGUAAUCGCCUCUUUGGUAUUAAGAAUACUAGUUCCCAUAGUUUUUAAUCCACUAUAAUAUAUUUACUCGUCUUAAUAAUAUGUUAACACUAAUAAUUUUAUGAUAUAUACGUAUGUAUAUCUAAAAAAAAAAAUGGAUAAUUUGUCCAAUACAUUUUUAUUAUUAUUAUUUUUUUUUUUAAAUAGUUUUAUUUGUAUUGACGGGGGAAAAAAAAGUAUUUUUCAUGUUUAUAUGAAGAAAAUUUAAAUUUAUUUUGUACAUCAAAAAAAAAGUUAUACAUUUCAAAUAUUUAUUCCAAUAAAAAAUUAAAAGAGUUUAAAAUUGUUAAAAAACAUAUUUUUUUCUCUAUUGUUUAUCAUAUUAUUACGUGUAUAGUGAAGUUUUUUUUUAAUAAUAAUAGACAGACAAUCAAAUUUGUCUUUGUAAUGUUUUAAUAAGUAUACAUAUAAUUUAUUCAGUGUUGUCUCUAAUGUUAAUAUCGUAAUCCAGACAAAAUUGUUCUGUAGGCGCGAUCUGUACAGAAAAUAAUAUUGUUUAACAAUAUGCCUGAAAUAUUUACACAUUCAAUAUUGUGAAUUAUAGUAAUGCCUGAUUAUUGUAUUUUCAAAAGUAUUCCCGCCAACACGUGCAUUAACAUUUCAAGUACUGUAAUAAUGAUAACUUUAUUAAAACCGUACUAUUCAAUCUAAUUUGCAUUUUGUAGUUUUAAAAUGAUUAUAUAUUAUGCGCUAAUAGGAUGUAAAACACAUGUGAAUAUGAUAAUAUUUUAAUAUUAUAUUAUUAAGUACUACACUUGUAUUUUUACGUUACAAUUCAUCACGAUAUAACUAAUAAUAAUUAAGUAAUAAUUUUACUCUAUAUUUGUCGAAAAGUUUUUGUUAACUUAAAUAGUCCACACAUUCUAAUAAUGUUUUUUUUUCGGUAUGAUGUAAUUUGGUCUUUUUUUUUUUUUUUUUUUUUGUUUACUAGAGCCAAAUAUAGCAUAAGUAUUUUGUACGCACAAGAAUAUAUUCUAUAAUUUCUCUUUCCAUACGGUACUAAAUAGUGUAAUAAUUUCAGAUACCGAGUGAAAUGAGGUACGUAUAUUUUCAUGCACUUGUAUAGGUUUAACAUUUGGCUCUGGUUACUAAUACCUUUCGUAUUAAUUAGGUUUAAUUGCAGGACUUUUAUAUGAAUGAUUAUAUAUUGUAAUAUAAAGUAAAAUAUAUAUAUUACCUACAAUAUAAUCAAUAAAAUAUUGUAAUUUGUAAGAAUAAAAUUAAAAUUU